UUGUGGGUACACGUGUGGGUUACUUCUGUGCGAAUUUGAAACUAAACAUUAUGUGUGAAAAUUAAAUUAUAAUUGUGUCGUGGUUUAAGACGUGUUUUCUGUGUAAUAAGCGUCAGUGUGUGCAUAUAACUUCUAGAAUCUGCUACGCCGUUGGCGGAUACUCAGCAAGCACAGAAUCUGCAGCCACCCAGUCGCAGGAACACGAGGGCACGGCCAGUCAGCUUAUGUGCAUCCCUGCUCGACCAAGGGGACACUGAGAGUCACGAUCGCUCGAAAGCUUAAAUGGAUGGCAGUCGGAUGGAGGGACGGACGGAGAGACAAUUGACCAUGACAGCCAUCUGCUUCGUGUGCAACCUGCCCAUCCUCAGUCAUCAGGUGGGCCUUGUCUGGCAGGGCGGGAAUGGCUGGGAUGACCUCGUCCGGGAGCAGGUGGAGGAGUCCACCUUGCGGCAGCGUCUGGGAGCAGGGCGUCGCGACUCCGCUGCCCAGAUCACCAGCAUCAGCCCGCCCACGGAGACGCAGGAAACGUCACCGCCUGGCUCAGGAGCCAUGACAAGGAGACGCAGAAGCUCGCUGGCUCAGUUCACGGACAUCUUGCGAGAGUGGAGCGGUAGCACUAAAGUUUCCCGAAGCAAGGAACCUCAGCUGCACCGUCGCGAGACACUGGCUGAUAUCGCGAAGAGCCUUCCUUGGGGUCGUAGCUCCACGACCGAUUCCUCCACAGUGGCAGCCCUCAGGAAGCGCCGUGAAUCUUCGGCAGAUCCAAGUAUCAAACUAGCCAAGACACGGCGUGACUCUACGGCAAUCAGCGACUUCCGGUCCGAUUUGGCACGUUUCUGGUCCCGUCGCGAAUCAACUACCACCGUCAUAACGCCGAGAGAACCUUCCCAGCAGCGUCGCGGUUCUGGGGAGUCAUCCCGGAGCGGGCGCCGGGACUCAACGACGCUGAUUAACUCAAGAAGAGGCUCUGGUGAGUCGUCGCGUUCUGGAAGGAGGGAUUCUAUAAACACGUCAUCAGCUGUGACAGCAUCGCCACCGAAGCUACAUCACCACCAUCAUCAUCAUCCCCAUCAGCAUCACCAUAGGAGAAGAGACUCAAGGACGGGAGAACCAAAGUAUUACCGGCAAGAACAGAGACCUUCAACAUCAAGUACCGCGUCAGACAGCGGCCCAAGUGUCAGCUUACUCGUCACGCAGCCUUCCACGGCAGGUUUCUCGGGGCCGACAGCUGCAGCAGAACCUCAACAGGCACUGCCCCCUCCCACGAUCAUCACGUCCUCCACGACGCCACCCGCCACAUCUCCAAACACUGCCGCUGUGCCCAUCUUGGUGCCCACCACCACCACUACCACCACCACAGCGUCUUCCUCACCCCCCGCCACGAAUUCCACCACGACUGUUGCGCCAGCCACAACAGCCAGCACUCCAGUGACAACCACACAUCCCUUGCUGGCCACACGGAGAGAUUCCACUACGCAGGUAUACUAUAAAGGGCGUCGCGACUCCCGCACCCACGCCUCCCCAGAGCGUCGACCCAGCGCCAAGGAGUCGUCGCCCAGCAAGUUCCCGCGUCUUCCUCGUCAGUCCACCGCGAUAGAUGAAAGUGGACCCGGGCCGUGGGGGCGUCGCGGAUCGCAACCCACACUGUCACCUGACCUCCCCUCUGUUGCCGCAGGAGCGACGUCUGACGACACUUCGGGGCGCAAGGCACGCCGGGAUUCACUGUCGCCAGACUCGGCAAGCUACACACGCGGACGAAGGGAUUCCAGAUCACAUUUGUCGCCUGAUCGCUUGGAACGUGAUGUGUCACCCGUCGGCCGUGGACGGCGGGGUAGACUUCGACGGCAGUCCACGUCUAUAACUGGCGGCGCCGGGUACCGGGGUAUGCCGCCUCGAUCGCCCGAGUCUUCGUCGACUUGUUCCUCGCGUGACCCGUCUCCGUGUAACAGAGCCCCUCCCCCUGCCCCCACGAGCCACGCGCCAAUAAUUCGUCGGCAGUCCACAACCGAGGAGAUUCUGAUAGCGAGAGGCUUCCGCAGACAGUCCACGACGGAGGAAAGGAUCCGGUGCAGGAAUUUCCGACGACAGUCUUCACAAAGCGAAGAUCUGUCACGAUCACGCGGCAGGAGGGACUCAUCAGCACAGAUCAUCGACGGGACUUUCGCCACGAUGACCGUCGAGACGACCAGCACCUUCUUUGACACCAGCACACAAACAGAACCGUCUCCACUGUAUGAUAACAACCACUAUCACGAGGAAUGUCUGCGCUGCAAUUCGUGUGGUCUGAACCUGACGGGCCCGAACCAGAAAAGGGCGCGUCGCUUCAAGAACCAGAUCCUGUGUGACCUACACUUCGCGGACGUCGCCCUCAUGGAAUGCUCUGAUUUCAUGCAGCAGCUCCGCAGUUUCAAGCCGCAGAGUCUGGGCUGUGCUGUGGCUAGGAGGAAAAGCUCCACCACCCUUAUCUUCCCGCUGCCCCCACAAGCCUGUUCCGACGAGUUCUGUGAGGAGUUCCCGCACAAUCUGAUCCCUACCCCGGGCUACUGGAUCGAGUGCUCGCGCCAAAAGAUCGCGUCCGACACGAUCUGGGACGAAUCCGAAUCCGAGCACGAGAUACACGAAGAAGAAGAAGAGGAGGAGGAAGAGGAAGUUGGAGGCGGGACUCGAAACCGGGAACGCGAGGAUGAUGGUGGUGUUGGAGGAGUGGAAGAGGGGGCGGGAGAGGGACCAUCAGGCAUUGUGCGCGGAGACGAGUGCCUCCUGGAGGACGAUGAAGACGACGAUGAACUGCCGAAGAAGAAGACGGCCAUCGAGGAGCAGUGGGAGAAGAAUCAGGGCUUCGAACUCACGUCCGUGGAGCAAGAAACAUACGAGAAGUACUUCUACGGUACAGAGCACUGGAAUUACUUCACCAAUGACGAGGACCUCGGCCCGGUAAUACUGAGCAUCAAACAGGAAACGCUGAAUGGAAGGGACCAGUUCCGGAUACUGGUCAGAGCAAUCAGUUACACCGUGCACGGACUCAUCCCGGCCUCUUGUGUGUUCGCGGAUCGGUACAACAGAGAAGAAGUGGUGCGCUCUCUCGGCAAGGAGGUGAACAUCAACCCACCCCUCACACUGGGUCAGUUGCCAGACACGCCCGAAGAACUCCUCAAGCUCGACCAAGUCUUCAUAAAGUCAGAACUGAAAGUUGGAGUUAUCUACGUGAAGGAGGGUCAGUACACGGAAGAGGAAAUCCUAGACAACAAUGACAACAGUCCCCUGUUCGAGGAGUUUCUGCAAAUCUUAGGCGACAAGGUGCGCCUUAAGGGUUUCGACAAGUACAAGGGUGGGCUGGACACUGUGCACGACUUGACUGGGCUGUACUCUGUGUACACAAACUGGAGAAGUAUAGAAAUAAUGUUCCACGUGUCCACGCAGCUUCCCUACGAGAAGCAUGACCCGCAAAAGCUGCAACGCAAGCGUCACAUCGGAAAUGACAUUGUGUGUGUGGUGUUCCUGGAGGCAGAUAACACGUCCUUCUCGCCUGCCUGCAUCAAGUCACAUUUCCUACACACCUUCAUCCUCGUACGGACCAGCCCACGCAUCAAGAGAAAGCCCACGCGAUACGAGGUAUCGGUAGUGACAAGGGAUGAGGUUGGUGCGUACAAGCCGUACCUCUGGGAACAAUCUGUGUUCGACAAGGGACCCAUGUUCAGGGAAUGGCUGCUCACCAAAAUCGUCAACGGUGAGCGCGCCAGCUACUCUGCGCCGAAAUUCGCGCGCAUGCAGGAGCGCACGCGCUCUCAGAUGCUUGAGGACAUUGUUGCCAACCUUGCGAACCAUGCUGAGACCGGCCAGAUUCCAAAACCAUACCGGCGCGGGUCAUGGCGUCCCAUUGGCCACAUGCGGCCAUCCAGCCCACUGCUGGACUCGGUCCGAGACCAAUUCGAGGAUUACGAUCAGCUGGCAAAGGACUUCACGCGCAUGUUCCUCAACAAUGAGGAGAACACCAUCAACAACGUCAGCCUCUUCGAUGUGGUGUUCCUGGUGGGGCAGAGCAAACAGAAGACGAGGUUUAUUGGCGUCAGGGCCAUCCUUGGCGUGCGCAGCCGUGUGUUCCAGGAGAUGCUGUACGGCAUAUCGACGGGGUUCGGAUCCCCGCAGGUACCGGUAGCUGAGUUGCUGGCCAGAGCUGUUCCAACCCUCCAUAGUCCCCAGAAACCGAAGAGUAGCAAUUUCCUGCAGGUUCCAGACAUCGAGUCACCCAGGCCCAAAAGUGUGCCUAGCUCACCCAUGGUGAAGCGAGCAUUCUCUCGCCUUGGCAACCUCACAGCUGGCUGGGGCCGGUCCAUACGCAAGCAACAUUCACAACUGACAGCUGACGACAAGAAGAAGUGGUCUUCCUCACAAGACUGUUCCAAUAAGGAGGGCAAAGAUAAGGACAAGGAAGGGAAAUCACAGCUUCCACACCUUGCUGUUCCUCGUCUCAGUGUCUGUGCUGAUGCACAGAAAGUGGACAGGGCCAAGCUUGCACAGACUGAGUUCCCGAUAAUAGAAUUUGACCCGGAGACAUUCCGGAUCCUGUUGGACUACCUCCACACAGGCUCCUGUCCACUCACAUGCUCCAACAUCCCAGGGCUAAUCUGCGCGGCAGAGCAUUAUGACCUUCCUGAAUUACUACAGGCUUGCUUCCAUCAUGCAAAGCAGUUCCUCAGGAUAGAAGUGGUCUGUAUGAUGCUCUGUUCGCUAGAGAACUAUUACUGGAGAUACACUUCUGCCUCUGAGCUUGUCAAUAUGAUUCUUGCCUUUGUGGAAGGAAGAUCACACCAGUUGUUCCAGGUACAAGAUUUCCUAACUCUGUCAGAGUCCAUGGUUCAAAUGAUAAUGUCCCGCACCUUAGAGGUGCCUGAGGUGUGCAAGUUUGAAGCAAUGCUGGGAUGGGCACGCCACAAAAUACGCACAAAGACCUCGUCCAAAAUGGAUGCCAAGUUGGAAUUCAGAUGCACUAUGGAACGAUUAUCGCGUGACCUCAAGCUGUACAGGAUUUCACCUCAGGAUCUCAUCAAGAUUGUGCUGCCAACUAAAGCUAUUAAGAAUGAGCGCAUCCUGGAUACACUGAUGUUUCAAGCCAAUACUGGCAUGUAUCGGGUACAGGAUAGUUAUCUGGCAGCAUGCCAACAGAGGCUUCAGCAACAAGACUCUAGAGUCAGCGAAUGGGAAUCUUUUGAUUGUGGCAUGUAACAUGCUUUAACUGAUCUUGACUGGUACACUGGAAGAUCAUGAAAAACUGGGUGUUGUGUAUUGGAAUAUACUCGCAACCCUUAGUGAGCAGUGUUCUUGGGUUUGUAAAGAAGAGACAAGGCAUUUAUACAAACACAACAGGAUGUGAACAAAGACGAUAACAUUUACGUCCAGAAUGUAGUAUACAUACUCAUUAAUUUUAGCUUCAUAUAUAUAUAUUUUCUCCCCUACUCCCCGUUAAAGUAUAUAUACAUUUAUUUAUCUUGGGAGAGAAAAAAGGCAUAAUACCUUUAGUCUUGCUGAUGGUCUGGAAUGUGAACUACUUUGACAAUAUCCUCGCACAAUUCCCAAGACUUCCCGAGCAGAAUCCUGAGUAGCAAAACAAUGGUGAGAUCCUUAGGGCUGGUAAUUUUUUCACUUUUUAUAUAAAUCAUGUCUUUGUAUCCUAAACAGAAUGAAAGCUAAUCUUCUCUUCCAUGGUGUAACACUUCCAAAUCUUUCAGUCUUGCUAGUUUUCAUAGCAAUAUGUCACAAUAUUUUUGUUCAUCUGUUGUAAAAUUGGGCCUUUAUGGUUCUCUGUGACGAUUUUUAAUCAAGUGGUUGAAUUUCUGAUUACUUGCCUCAGUUUCAACUGCAGCAAAUUCCCUGGUUUAAUCUGUUCAUACCAACAAAGCUACAUCUUAUGAAUAACAUUGUGAUACCUAGCAGAUAUUCAUAAUAGAAUAUAUAACAUUUUAAUAAAUUAAUAUUUGGAUGGUUUUGUAUUUACUGCAGGUGAUUCAAUAAAUAACAUUUACUAUAACCACGACUGCAGAAACUCAAGGCAUCGGUUCUUUACACUUCGAAAUUGGCUACAGACAUUUUAAAUUGCAACAUACUUAUGUUCACAUGAUUAUUGUGAGUGUUUCAGAUUUACAUUCUGAUAGCAAUCGAUUUUUCUCUCUUCAGCACAGGAUUUCUAUCAGAACAGUGACUACCACAAUAGGCUUAUAUAUGUAUCUUAUGUCCAGUUACAUUGAUAUUAUUGGAUAUUUUGACAAUGACUGAAGUUUUAAUGUCACUAGAUGUCCUCUGUGACUGUCAUUAUUCAUUGAUGUUCACCACUGUUUUGUUUAUUCAUUCUACAUUGUAUGCACAAGAUUGUCUAAAGAAACGCUGCCGGAUCUGUUGAAUGUAAGUAGUGUACAGCUGUGGUAAAUUAUUUGAGUCACCUGUUGCCGAAUUUUUCAUAUUUUAAAUAUCAGAUUUGUUACAAUACACGUUACAUAUAUGAAUUUAUAAGAGACAGAAAAAAUCCAAGACAUGGAAUUGUAAUGUAAUUUGUAAAUACAGCUGGCUGUUGUAAAACCACAUUCUGAGAAGAGUGAUAAUUCCUGUCAAAAACUUUUACCUAUCAAUGUAUACAGGGGUUAAAUUAAUUGAAGGUUUUAUUAUUACCAGUGUCACUACAGAGACAGUUAAGGUUAUGUGAAAUAUUGAGCCUUUUCUUUUAAGCUCAUAGGAUGUCAUUUUGUGAAAAAUCCAUUUAGCAAUGCUGUAUUGCAUAUAUUUUACCCCUUUUAUGCUGGGCCCCGCUAUAGCAGUCCACACUGUCUAUAUUAUAACAUAAUAUUAGAACUGAGAUUGAAAAGUAACCAAAUUUUGGAGUCCGACAUGCAUUCAUUUUACAGCCAUUUCAAUUUUAGUAUGGUUUUACUGCCAUAUGAAUAUUUGAUUCUUGAAGCUUUCUACUCGUAGUAGGACAGAACUUUUCUUUAUAAAUUCACAUUUAACCUUCUUAUUACUAAGCUAUGUAAUCAAACUACCUGCUAGAAAUACUAAGGCUGCUUAGUGGUAAAUACCAUAACACACGUAACCCCACAAUACUUUGGCAGAUUACCCUUAGAUGCUCACAAGUUUAAGUAAAAAGAAUGACUGUUCUUUCAUCUAAACACUUGAUGCAAUCUGUUGACAGAAAUGCUGUACUAAUUCAUUAAAAGUGAGCCAAUCUUGUCAACUCUCACAAUUGUAACUAAAGUUCGCUGAGCUUGUGGCUUGCAGAGGGUUAAAAAUCAGUUGAGAUAAAAGAGUAGACAUGAGGAUCGAUGAAUAUUUUUAAAUAUGUAAAUAGUUAAAUGGAAUUACAACACAAUUACAAUAUUUCAGAUUUUCACAGCAGUGAAGAUUCAUAUUGUGGUCUUCCCAAAAAUUUGCAGAAACAUAUGCCUUCAUAUCUAUGGUAGAAGACUUCUACCCUGAAGGAGGGGGCAGUAUAUCCAGCCCAUCUACCAAACUACUUGGUAUCAUAAUCCAAAAGACCAGAAUGUGAAUAUAGCAAUAACUCUUUGGAGAAAGUUGAGAAUAUGUGGUUAUUUGCACAUUAAUAUUUCAUAAAAUGAUAAAAACUCAGAAAUAACUUAUUGAGAGGUUCCAUACAAUUGUGAAAUUUUACUAGAUGGUUAUAUAUAUGAUUUUGAAUGGGAGAAUUUAAAGCAAAAACUUGAAAUUACUUUACAUAAAAUAUAUGCCUGUUUUGACACACAGCAGAAAAAACUUGUAUGUGGAAUAUGAGCAGAUUACAAACAGCAGAACUCAGUUUCUGUUGAGCAUUAAACAUGUUAAGAAAUGUCUAUAUAGCUUAACAGUUCUGUAAUCCUUGCUCAGUUUUGUUUGCCUUGGAGACAAAGGGCUUUUUGAAGAAAAAAUGUAGGGUUUUAGUCAUGAGAUGUGUGUUUCAUGUUUUCUCUAACUUCUGUUCAAAAUAUUUUUUGCUCUAAUAAAUAUUUAGCAAGUUAUGCACAAGAUGCGAAAGGAAAAACAUAAGCUCUUCAUGUAAAGUACUUAUUUUUAUACAGCCUUAAGUUACAGUGGAAUGUGUAGACAUUUUUAGUAAAACUAUCCAGUAUCAGAUUUCUCAGAAAUUCAUUCAGCAGUUCUUAAGUUGUACAUAUAGGCGAACAUACGUGUACAGGACUAUUAAGUUUCUGCUCUUUGUCUGUCAUCUCAUAUUCUAAAUAUAACACAUCGUUUCUGAAACUGAAUCGGUUUUCAACCUCAAGUGAAAUGCUUAAGAGGCACCCACUCUUUUGGGUUUCUUAUGAAGAGUUGAUUUGAAUCACUGGACCUUAUGUUCUUCUAGAAGAGUGGACAAUAGGCAGAUUCCAGAAACUCGGCUUUUCCAAGUGUUGUACCCCAUCCCCAGAACACCUUAGAAUCGAGUUGUAUCAUUUAUAGUCGCUGCUGUGAAAAUCUCAACUCUCAUGAAAAGAAAAUAUUAUUUUCUUGUGCCCAGUCCUAUUACACAUAUAUACAUGCAAUACAUGUAUAUACUGUACUCGUAUAUUGCAUGUUAUAAUAUGAAAUGACAUUGGUGGGUUUUAAGCACAAUGUUUAAAAGUACCAGAAAGUUCCCCCCAGAAUAUAAAAAAAAAACUAAUUUUGAACAGAAUAUUGUCAAGUGAUGCUGGUAGUAUUAAAACUCAUUAUGUCAGUGAACUUUGGUCUUGAAAUACUCUCCUUCCAUGUUAAUUAAUUCACUGACUUGUGCAAAGAGUAGGUGUGCCAACUGUACACCUGGACCUUGUGUACCCCUGCUCAUUUCUUCCCCUCCUUUCUCUCACGCAUUUUCCGCCCAGUCGGAUGAAUGAACCACAGCUUCCCUUCUCUCCAGGAGGAUUGUACUAUAUUGUUGUAGUUUUGUAAAGCCUUGCUCCAUCUUAGUCACAUGCUGUAUGUGUAUAUGGAAAACACACACAUAUAUAUAUACAUAUAUUUUUAAGUACAUAUGUAUAGUGUUGAAAAAAUGAGUUUAGAAGUUUUAUAUGAAAAUUUAUAAAAACCAACCGAAAGAAAAAGUUGCCCAUGGGUGCUUGUAUGUGAUACUCAAGUAGGUUUAUAAUUGUAAGAAAUCUGUGUUUUCCUAGGCAUUCCAAAAGGUGGAGGCCAUAUUGCUAAACAGUAUCCCAUAUAAAUUGUAAACACAUAAAAACCCAGUUUGUAUGUUUAAAGCAGAGGUUUAAAACAAGUUGCAGUACACAAAAAUGGCCUAUUAUGUGAUAAGCGUAUCUUUUUGUAAUUGGGUGGGGGGGAUUGUAAGGAAUAUGUAAAAUUAGAUUGGGGUAAGAAAAGUUACAUUUCUUGAAGUCCCAUACAUUACAUCUUUGAAUACACUUUUUUCAGGUACAAGAAUUUUAAAAUUCUUGCAUCUUAGGUGAUUAUGGAAGUCAGCUGGGUCUUCUGCAGUGUUAUGGGAAGUUAAGGAAAUGCUAAUGUACAGUAAAAUCUAGUUAGGGACUCAAAUAAAAUCAUAGUUACAUGUGGUAGUAAAGUGAUAUUUUCUCAUUGAACCACAGUCAAGGGCUGCAAUAUUUAAUUUGAGUCAUUGUCAUUUAACAUAGUGGUUACCAUAUGUAGCUCUUGAUUUAACAUUAAAGGAAUUUCAAAUUUUGCCCAUAAAAUAUAUGAAUAUGUUCCACCUGAUUCUCAGAAUAAAUGGCGAUUUUUUCCCUAUACUGCAUUAACCAGUUGUUCUUUGUGAUAUGGACAAACCAUGUUUCCUGUGUGGUAGCAAUUGCAUUUUUAAACCGGAAGAAAUCUGUGCUUCAAACAGUUAACAAAGGGAUAAUAAUGAGAGUUCAUAGUGGUCCCAGUAGCGGUCUGAGUGCUUGUGGUGACUUGAAAUUACCCCCAUGAAGCCAGCACAAAAUUUGGAAUAUAUCCAUGCCUUAUAAUUCACCCUUGUUUCACUCUUCUGUCCUGAAGAUGGAGGCAACAGAUUUCUCUGAAAAACUAGUAACAGUCUACCAGAUACAUGGCAUCAUAAAUCAUUUGACAGUAAUCUUGAAAUACUUUGUUGUUUGUAGUCAUGUUGUACCUUCGAAUGUGGGUUUUACUGUACAAAAAGUGCUCAUUUCCUGUGACAAAUUGAGGUUAACAGAGCUGAAAAUUCUCAAAUUUUAUAUAAUUUACUAAAAUCUCGCCAAAUUAUAUUGAGUUUUAAAAAUACAAAUUUGGUAUAUGCACACAGAAUACAGUGUUGUGAAGAUAUUUCAACCUAUUGAAGCAAUCUGUUUACAAGUGGCCAUUUUACUAUGCUAGGAUGACAACAGUUUUCAAAGGUGCCCCCCCCCCACUUUCCCUCCUCACACCUUUUAUCAUUUUAUUUGUAAAAUUAGAUACCAAUAGAAACUCUGCUUAUUGUUACAAAACUUUUGAACAUGUGUUCCAAUAGGGUUGCAACCUACCAGAACAAGUAAAAUGGAGGAAAGAGUUUGCCUUGUUACAUGAUGCAGUGUCAUGUAAAAUCUCAGGUUUAUAACAACUAUUUGGUUGUGAAAGAAGCUAAAAAAUAAAGGAGAAACAAGAAAAAUACCCCCUUUCAAGGCACCAUUUGUACAUGUUAUUCAAAUUAAAAAAUGUGUCCAGUGUGAAGUGGUUUAACCCAUUGUGCCUAACUUGUGGGUAGACUGAAAGAUGAAAAGGUUACUUCUGAAUGUGACUGAACUUUCCAGCUAGCUUUACCCUCUUUGGCAUUUGAAUAGCAUUGCAAGGACAUGUAGUAUAUCACUUAGAAAAGGUCUCAGGGGAUUAGAUGCUCAAGUGGCCAUGCUUCUGACUUGUAUUUUGGAGGUGUCCAGUUUGAGGUCCAAUUAGGGUGCCAAAUAUCCUGACUUAGGUUAGCCAUAAUAUUCUUCAGCCCCUCCAGGCAAACGCCAGGAUUGUACCUUAACUUAGACCAUAACCGCUUCCUUCCACACUAUUUCCAAUUAAUUCCUCGUAUUCCAGUUAUUAAUGCUAUAUAGUCUGUGUAACUGAGAAUGUUGCUAAAUAAACUACAAAAUAACAGGAAGCACAGGCUAACCAAUUGGCUGCCUCGAGCAGCAUGUUGUACAACCUCUUUUUAGCACAUUGUUAAACAAAAAUUAAUAUUUAUUGAUCUCUUGUUCAUAUCGUGACCAUUAAUUGGCAGUCAUCUAAACAUGAUAUGUAAUGGUUUAAAUAUAACUGUGAACUGCAAGUUUGCUCUCUUA